GAUUUCCUCCUCCCAGGUCGUCGAAACAACAAAUUGAACUAGGGAGCAAGCGGGUGAGAGAACGUUCGAAACCGCCUCUGACCGCGACUUUUAAACUCUUUUUACUGAAUUUAGAGUGAGAUUCGGCCGAGGCUUGUCGAAGUAGUUCAAGUUCGGGAUCAGCUGGAACUAUUAUUUCUCAGCAAGUUGCUUUUCUAAUUGGAUAUCUCAAUCCAGGUUUCAUGCAAGCUUCCGUGUCUUGUGUUUACUGAGCAUUACAAGACAGUCAUACAUUGGAAGUUAUCCAGAAGAUGUUAGAGAAAUGAUAGCAGCACCAGAAAUACCAGCAGACUUCCCCUAUGCUCAGGACACAGACACACAAUUUUCUUCAGACACAGAUUUUUCUGAAGAGCCAGAUGGGAGGAGUUCAAAUCCAGUUAAAGGAAAGGGUGGAAAGAAGGGGAAGAAACCAGCAGGAGACAAAAGCAAGGGGGCAAAGGGGACGGGUCGGAUAAAUGGCCACCACCAGGAAAAUGGCAUGGAAAACAUGAUGCUGUUUGAGGUGGUUAAGCUUGGGCGGAGUGCCAUGCAGUCUGUUGUUGAUGACUGGAUUGAGUCUUACAAACAUGACCGAGAUGUUGCGCUGCUUGAUCUCAUCAACUUCUUCAUCCAGUGCUCAGGGUGUAAAGGUGUUGUUAGUGGAGAGAUGUUCCGCAACAUGCAGAACUCUGAAAUUAUCAGACGAAUGACUGAGGAAUUUGAUGAGGACAGUGGCGACUACCCUCUUACUAUAGCGGGGCCCCUGUGGAAGAAGUUCAAGUCAAGUUUUUGUGAAUUCAUUUCAGUCCUCGUGCGGCAGUGUCAAUACAGUAUCAUCUACGAUGAAUAUAUGAUGGACACGGUUAUCUCGCUUCUCACCGGACUAUCAGACUCUCAAGUCAGAGCCUUCAGACACACAUCUACACUGGCAGCAAUGAAGCUGAUGACAGCCCUGGUGAAUGUAGCUCUAAACUUGAGCAUUAACAUGGACAACACCCAGCGACAAUACGAGGCAGAGAGGAAUAAAAUAGUCGCUAAAAGGGCCAAUGACAGACUGGAGCUCCUCUUGCAGAAACGUAAAGAGCUCCAAGAAAAUCAGGAUGAGAUUGAAAACAUGAUGAAUGCAAUAUUCAAAGGAGUCUUUGUACAUCGUUAUCGUGAUUCAAUAGCAGAAAUCAGAGCCAUCUGUAUAGAAGAGAUUGGAGUUUGGAUGAAGCUCUAUAGUGAUGCCUUCCUUAACGACAGUUAUCUCAAGUAUGUAGGAUGGACCAUGCACGAUAAGCAAGGUGAGGUACGACUCAAGUGUUUGACAGCUCUCCAGGGUCUGUACUACAACAGAGAGCUUAAUGCAAGACUGGAACUCUUCACCAGUCGUUUCAAGGACCGCAUUGUCUCCAUGACCCUUGAUAAGGAGUAUGAUGUUGCAGUACAAGCAAUUAAGUUGCUCACUUUAGUUUUGAAUAGUACAGAUGAGGUGUUGACCCCCGAGGAUUGUGAGAGUGUCUAUCAUCUAGUAUACUCAGCACACAGGCCUGUUGCUGUUGCAGCAGGAGAAUUUCUCUACAAAAAAUUGUUUAGCCAGAGGGAACCAGAAGAGGAAGGCGCCCCUAAAAGGAGAGGCAGACAAAGUCCCAAUGCCAACCUAAUCAAGACCACUGUCUUCUUCUUCCUGGAGAGUGAGCUCCAUGAACAUGCAGCCUACUUGGUAGACUCUCUCUGGGAUUGUGGUCCUGAGUUAUUGAAGGACUGGGACUGUAUGAUCAGUUUACUGUUAGAUGACCCAUUGCCAGGAGAGGAAGCUCUUACAGAUAGACAAGAGACAGCUUUGAUUGAAAUUAUGCUGUGCACUGUACGCCAGGCUGCUGAAUGUCACCCUCCUGUGGGAAGAGGCACCGGAAAGCGGGUGAUGACAGCUAAAGAAAAGAAGACUCAGCUUGAUGACAGAACCAGAAUGACAGAGCUCUUUGCUGUGGCUUUGCCCCCUCUACUGGCCAAGUACGCUGUGGAUGCAGAGAAAGUGACCAACUUGUUGCAGCUUCCUCAGUUCUUUGACCUGGAAAUUUACACCACAGGACGUCUGGAGAAGCAUCUUGAAGCCUUACUCCGCCAAAUCAAGGAAAUUGUGGAGAAGCACACAGACACUGAAGUUUUGGAGACAUGCUCCAAGACCUACCAUGCCCUUUGCAAUGAAGAGUUCACAAUAUUUAACAGGGUCGACAUUGCCCGCUCCCAGCUGCUGGAUGAGCUGGUGGACAAGUUCAACAGGCUACUGGAGGAUUUUUUACAAGAGGGUGAAGAUACUGAUGAAGACGAUGCAUAUCAGGUCUUGUCGACUCUAAAGAGGAUCACAGCUUUUCACAACGCACAUGAUCUCUCUGGAUGGGACCUCUUCACCAGCAACUUUAAGUUGCUCAACACAGGCAUAGAGAAUGGAGAUAUGCCUGAGCAGAUCGUCAUCCAUUCACUGCAGUGUACCCACUAUGUGAUCCUGUGGCAGUUGGCCAAGUUAUCUGAAGGCAGCUCCCGAAAGGAGGACAUGGUUACCUUGAGGAAACAGAUGAGGGCUUUUUGUAUGAUGUGUCAACGGUACCUCACAAAUGUCAACACGGCUGUUAAAGAACAGGCAUUCACCAUCCUUUGUGACCUCCUGCUCAUUUUCAGCCACCAGAUGGUGGCUGGAGGAAGGGAACACCUUGAGCCCUUAGUUUAUUCCCCAGAGGACUCGCUCCAGUCCGAACUGCUGUCCUUCAUCCUAAAUCAUGUCUUCAUAGACCAAGAUGAUGACACCAAUAGCACAGAUGGCCAACAGGAUGACGAGGCAGUGAAAAUUGAAGCGUUACACAAAAGGAGAAACCUCCUGGCUGGCUAUUGUAAACUGAUCAUCUACUGUGUGGUAGAAAUGAAAACCGGAGCUGACAUUUUCAAACAGUACAUGAGGUAUUACAAUGAUUAUGGUGACAUCAUAAAGGAAACAAUGAGCAAGACCCGACAAAUUGACAAGAUUCAGUGUGCCAAAACCCUCAUCCUCAGCCUUCAGCAGCUUUUCAAUGAAAUGCUGUCAGACCUCGGCCAUGGGUUUGAUCGCUCCUCUUCCGCCUUCUGUGGAAUCAAAGAAUUGGCCCGUCGGUUUUCUCUCACCUUUGGCCUUGACCAAGUGAAAACCAGAGAUGCCAUCGCCAUGCUACACAAGGAUGGAAUAGAGUUUUCCUUUAAGGAUCCAAGCCCCCAGGGAGAAGGUGGCCCACCUCUCAACCUGGCCUUCUUAGACAUCCUCAGCGAAUUCUCCUCUAAACUGAUGAGACAAGACAAGAGGACUGUCCACAUGUACUUGGAGCGUUUCAUGACGUUCCAGAUGGCACUGCAAAGAGAGGACUGCUGGCUGCCCCUCAUUUCGUACAGGAAUUCCCUACAGGCCGGUGGUGACGACGACACCAUGUCAGUGAUGAGUGGUUACUCCAGCAGAGGCUCAUCUGUACGUUCGAAAAAGACGAAGGCUCCUGCUGCUUCAACUGGAACUUCUGCAGCAAAGCGAAAGCUUCCAGAAGAAGAAAGCAGUAGCAGUGAGGUGUGGCAGCAGGGCAUUCAAACCCCAGUCAUGUUGUCAUCCCCCCACCACACCUCCACUGCCAUGCGGGACCCGAAAAGGGUUCGUGAUGACAGCUUCAUGGGGGUCUACGCUCUCCCACACGACCAGCCACAGCCCCACCAACACCCACAACAACACCACCAACAGACACCUCAGCACCACCAGACCCCAAUGGAUUACAAUUCCCAAGUGACGUGGAUGCUGGCCCAGAGACAGCAAGAAGAGGCUCGUCAGCAGCAGGAAAGAGCCAUGAACUACGCCAAGCUCAGGACCAAUCUCCAGCAUGCUAUACGUCGUGGCACCGGCCUCAUGGAAGAAGAUGAAGAGCCCAUUGUGGAAGAUGUGAUGAUGUCAUCUGAGGGUCGCAUGGAUGACCUCAAUGAAGGCAUGGACUUUGAUACAAUGGACAUUGAUCUGCCUCCAUCUAAAAAUCGUCGUGAGAGGUCUGAGCUCAAGCCGGACUACUUUGACCCUGCCUCUAUUAUGGAUGAGUCGGUCCUGGGAGUGUCUAUGUUUUAAACUAAUAUCCAAAUGAUUUUGAAACUGGGAUACGAGAAGAGGAGCUUUGUAUUUAAAGAGAAUUUUAGAUGCGAAAACAAGUGUGUUUUCUGUAAGAAAAAGCAAAAAUUAAAAAAAAACAAAAAACGUUUUGGCUUGUACUCCAUGUGGACCAAUGAUGACCCACACUCAGUGUUGCUUGCUCAGAGAGGACUUCAAAUAUAUACUUUUAUAAUCUUAGUUAAUAUCUUCCUGUUCCAAAAUAGUGAAACAGGCUACUUCCAAACCUAUUAAAGACGAUACGUGUCAGAAGAAAAAUCCAUAAUAGCUUUUUCCCUCUUUUCUUUUCUUUCCCAGUGCAGGGAUGGAUUGGUGUGUUUUAACUUAAGGAACAUUUUUUUUGUCUAACCCUUUUUACAUUUGUAGUAAACUACCAGGUGUGAUGUAGUAAUUUAUAAACAGACUGUAGUAGCUUGCCUGUACCGUGUUAGCCAAGUGGAUGGAGGUCUUUCUGUUCUUGUACUUUCUUUGCCCUCCUUUCUCUUAAGUUCAUCUUCCCUCUUUAAGGUCCUGAUAACCACUGGUGGUUAAGAUUGUGAGAUGUCAUGUAGAAUCAGUCUCAAUCCUUGUUUAUGCUGUGAAGAGUCCCACAGUCCAGUAGUAUGUAAGUCUCGAAGCUUAACCUGAGCUUUGGACCGCUCCUUGCCGGCCAUCUGAAUUGUUCCCUUGAACAACAAGUAGCCCGGUCCAAUGAAAUAUUUUUUCUUCUUCUCUCUAUCUCUCUCUCACUUUCUGAAUCUAGCAGCAUCAUGUCAAAAUGGGUAUCUCUACAUUUUAAAUAAAAAUAUAUAUAUGAAUUGGUGCUGAUUUUUAUAUAUGUGCUUUGGUUUUCUUAUUUUCGACCUUCAGUCACAAAUGAAAGAAAUGUAUAAGAAACUGAAAAAUUGAAAGCAUGUAAAUUCAUGCAGCAAGAAAGAUUUUUAGAUUUGUAUUUUUGCGUUUUGAUUUUCUUUUCUUCCUUUUGUCUUGAUAAUGUCUUCGGGUUUUUACCUUCUUUCCUAAUAUGUAAAUUAGUUUGGAUAAAACGUAUGAAAUUCAGCUUUAAGAGUUUCUCAGCUCGAGUCCUGUCACGAAUAUACUUAGGAACUUCCAAUGUUAAUAAACGUGGUUGUCUAUGAGAAAUUACUGAACACAAGUUAUUCAGCAGCGAUGUGGCAGCUAGACAAAGCUUAGAUUUUGACAUGUUUGUCACACAUGACUUUUCAUGAACUGUUCUGUCUACUGAGGUUUCUUUUUUUUUUUUUUAAAGUCAUUCCAUGCUAAAGCCUUAAAAAUGCUUCUUCUCUCACGCUAAUCUUCCAUGUCAGCAGAUUGGUCAUGUUUGAAGGGUGGAUAAUUGGCUUCUUAGAAACAUGAGGUGGUCAAAUGUAAUGUGAUCAAGUAGAUGAGCAGUCAAUGUGUGUUUUGCCUAAUUAUUUUAUGUAAGUAAAAAGAAAAUUCUUUUAAAGAAAAAGUACUGUUUAUUAUUUGUUGCUUACCACUACAUUGGUAUAAAUCCUUAUUAGAUAUUGUGUAUAUAUUCAAAUUCUAAUUUCUUUUGGGCUAUUUUCUGUUCUGCACUCUUCUCUUGCCUAUACCCUGAGUUGUUUAUUCUCCUACCCUCUUUCAGUCACUCUGUUUUCUGAUUUGUACUUGUCUGGAGACAGUAACUUUUGAAUAAAAAUCAACACACAA